AUGGCAAGGGUUUCCGACCAAAGGUUGACCGCCGUGGAGAACCGGCUCGAUGCGGUGGAGAACCGGCUCGGUACUGUGGAGGUCCGGCUCGAUGCCGUGGAGGUCCGGCUAGGCGCCGUGGAGAACCGGCUAGGUGCCGUGGAGAACCGGGUCGAUGAUGUCGCGCUCAAAGUGGACGAUCUGACGGUGCAACAGACGACCAUGCAAGGCCAGCUCAACCACCUGUCCGACCAACAGACGAUCAUGCAAGGCCAGCUCAACCACCUGUCCGACCAACAGACGAUCAUGCAAGGCCAGAUCAACCACCUGUCCGACCAACAGACGACCAUGCAAGGCCAGCAGACGACCAUGCAAGGCCAGCAGACGACCAUGCAAGGGCAGCUCAACAACCUGACCGGCACCGAUUACGAGCGCAAGGUCGUCCGACGGGCACAUCGCAUUGUCCGGAGACACCUGGGCGUCAGCAACGGACAAGUCCUCGUAGCCAUCAACCGUCCAGACGGUCAAACAAUCACGGACCUGCUCGACGCGGGAGCCGACCAAGGCAUCAUCACUGAAGACGACGCCGACGAGUUGGACCGCGCAGACAUCAUCCUGCGCGGCAAUUCGCCAGACGGCGACGAUGUUUAUGUGGUGGGUGAGAUCUCAAUCACAAUAGAUGACGGCGACAUUGACCGGGCCGAUCAUCGGUCCCGCAUCUUACAGAACGCCAGCCGAGUAGCCACCCGCGCCGCCGUGAUCGGAAGCUCCAUCUCCGACGCCAAUCGGGAACGGGCCGCCAACAGCCGCGUCACCGUAGUCAUUCUGGACGAAUGA